AUGCCUGACGCGUCUUCCAUACUACCCCUUCAUCCCGAUUCUUCUCCUUUGAAGCAAAUGCGCUUAAUAGACUUGACUGUGCAUAUACCCUCUUCCCGCAAGGUCAGCGAAGGCCCGGACCAACCAGCUCGAUGGAGAACACUGGAAUUCCGAAUCUAUGCACUCAUAGUGCUCAUGGCCGUAGCCGUAAUGGCGUGGCUCCCUAUGACCCUGAGCAUAGCAACACACCCCAACUACCCACGGUUCCGCCACAAACUGUCGCCGGGCUGGAUGUUAGGUCGCCCGGUUGACAACAGCGACGCGCAGUACCGCGGUUUCCGGGACAACUUCCUCCCCUUGACACUAGGAGCAAGCGUUUUCCUGCUUGCGAAACUCAUUCGCAGACGGAUACAUGGCCAGCAAAAAUCAACCGACGACACCUACCUCCUCCGAUUCAACUUUUUCGCGGCGUUGGUUAUGGUCGCGGCGUUGCACGGAACCAGCGCCCUCAAGAUCCUCCCUAUUCUCGGCGGGAACUACCUCAUCACCAAAGCUUUCGGGGGCUCCAAGUCAGGCCCGAUUUUGAGCUGGAUGUACAAUCUCGUGGUGUUGUUUAUGAAUGACUGGUUUCGAGGGUAUAAGUUCGGCAAGAUUGUCGGCGCUUUGGCAUUUCUGGAUUCCUACGAAGGAAUAUAUCCACGCUGGCACGUUUCGUUCAAUAUCACAAUGCUGCGACUCCUUUCGUUCAGCAUGGACUACUAUUGGGCCUGCCGGACUGCUGCAAGUCCUUGGGAGGGCAUGGCUGAACUCAACGACCGCGAUCGCCAGACGAAGAUCCAUCCUGUCAGUAUGUACUCUUUCACCAACUACAUCUCCUACGCACUCUACCCACCCCUCUAUCUUGCCGGACCAAUCAUGACGUUCAACGACUAUCUCUGGCAACAUCGAAAACCUUUGAAUAUCACGGGUCGCACAUUGACAGGCUAUGCGCUCCGGGUGGCCGUUUCCCUCCUCACCAUGGAGUUCGUUCUACAUUUCAUGUAUGUUGUUGCCAUCAAGGACACCAAGGCAUGGCACGGCGACACUGCUGCGCAGAUUGGCAUGAUCGGAUUCUGGAAUCUCAUUCUUGUGUGGCUGAAGUUGAUGAAUAUAUGGCGUUUCUUCCGUCUAUGGGCCAUGGUCGAUGGAAUUGAUGCCCCAGAGAACAUGAUCCGUUGCAUGGCGAAUAACUACUCGACCUCUGGUUUCUGGCGGAGCUGGCAUCGCAGCUAUAACCUCUGGCUCCUGCGGUACAUUUAUAUUCCCAUGGGCGGCGCGCGCAACGUUGUGAUCAACAUGAUCCUCGUCUUUACCUUUGUCGCACUGUGGCACGAUCUGACUUUCAAGCUGCUUGCCUGGGGCUGGCUCGCGAGUUUGUUCGUCCUGCCAGAGGUAGUUGCGCGGUAUCUUUUGCCAGAGGGCAAGUAUGGCGCCGAGUCGUGGUAUCGCCACGCCUGUGCUGUUGGCGCUGUGUUUAACAUCUUGAUGCUCAUGGCGGCAAACCUGGUGGGGUUCGUCAUUGGCCUGGAUGGAAUGAAAUUCUUCCUGGAGCGGUUAUUUGGGACAACAGAAGGGUGGGGUUUCCUAGCAAUAACCGCCGUCUGUCUGUUCUCUGCAGCACAUCUAAUGUUUGAAUAUCGAGAAGACGAAAAACGACACGGUAUAAUACGAAGGUGUUAG